GUAUUGGCGGCGAUGCUGCAAGCGCGCUGCUCUCGAUCCUGAACGACUGGGGGAUGUACCUGCCCAAGGGGGUCGCCUCUGGCGACCCAUCCCUGCCUUUGGCAGGGGAUGGGGUCGCCUUCGGCCACCCCAUCCCAUGA